CUCAAUAACAUACCCAGCAACCGGCAAAAUUGCUGCAACCAAGGAACGGAAAAUUCAGAGAUUCAACGUGAAUGGGAUUUUCUUGUUUCGGAAUUUCUUCUGUGAGAUAGAAAUUCAAUUUUUCCGAAUUUUGAAGCUCCAUGGAAGCUUAUAAGCAAUGGGUUUGCAGAAAUAGAGAGUAUGUACAUUCCUUAGGAUCUCUUGCCAACGGAUUGACAUGGCUGCUUCCUGAGAAAUUUUCAGCUUCAGAGAUUGGACCAGAAGCAGUAACGGCUUUUCUGGGCAUAUUCACAACUAUCAAUGAACACAUAAUUGAAAAUGCUCCAACCACCCCUGGUCAUGUUGGAUCUCCCGGGACUGAUUCAUCCCUAUCUUAUCCGUUACUCAUCGCCAUCCUAAAGGACUUCGAAACCGUUGUGGAAGUGGCGGCUGAACACUUCUAUGGGGACAAAAAAUGGAACUACAUUAUUGGCACUGAAGCUAUGAAGGCUCUCAUUAGGUUAGCCUUGUUUCGGAAUAGCGGAUAUAAGAUGCUUCUUCAAGGAGGGGAAACACCUAAUGAUGGGAAAGAUUCUAACCAAUCGGAGUUGCAAAAUAGAGCUGGUAAUUCAGAUAGGAAUCCUCAUAGUUUUGGAAACCAAAAUCAUCAUAAUCCAUGGAACUUGGAAGGACGGGCGAUGUCAGCUUUAAGUUCAUUUGGUCAGAAUGCAAGAACAAGAACUACAACACAUUAUAACUCGGGUUGGUCUCGAAGGAUUCAACAUCAGCAAGCAGUUAUAGAGCCAGCAAUGAUCAAGGAGAGGCGAACAACGCUCUCCGAGCUAUUAUCUGAAAAGGGUGUUAAGGGAGCGUUAUUUGUAAUAGGUGAGGUUCUGUUCAUAACGAGACCGCUCAUCUACGUUCUUUUCAUCAGAAGAUAUGGAGUCAGGUCUUGGAUUCCUUGGGCUAUAUCGCUUUCCGUGGACACACUGGGAAUGGGGAUUCUUUCAAAUUUGAAGUUGUGUGGGGAGAAGAGCAAGCAAAUCCAUUUCUCUCAACCUGAAAGGGACGAGCUCAGGAGACGGAAGCUGCUUUGGGCAUUGUACCUAAUGAGAGAUCCUUUCUUCACCAAGUAUACCAGGCAGAAGCUGGAAAGCUCUCAGAAGACGGUGGAACCAGUUCCAUUGAUCGGUUUCCUCACAGAGAAAAUUGUGGAGCUUUUGGUGGGAGCUCAGUCACGGUACACUUACAUAUCAGGGUCGUGAGUAUAACCAGCCCGUGCCCAUGUUAAGAAAAAAGAAACACUCGCCUGCGUGACUUUGUGAAUAUAGUUUUGUUAUUUAUUUUGGGAUAUAUUUUGAUAUUGAAAUUUAGUUAUAGUGAUAAACUUAUUCUAAAUUAUUAGACAUAAAUCCAAUUCAACAUAGUUAAAAC